AUGAACCUAAGCCAAUUUGGUAGGCGCUCAUUUGUCUCACUCAGAGGCCUCGAGAGCGUUCUCAAAGACAUCGAGCGUCAUGGGCUGCCAAAGGCUCAUUCACGGAGUACGAUAAAGAGAGCUCGUGAGAAGCAGAUCGAAGAGUACUCGACUUCCUACGGCCCUGUGCUUCAAGCUCUUGAGGUGCCUCUCAGUGACGGCAGUGGAAACACAACCAUUUUCGUCUCCCACCCUGUCUCUAUCAUCCAGAGCGCUAUCACGCAUUGCAAGCUGUUUCGUGAGCACUUUGUUCGACGCUGCAAUGAUCACCCUCCUCGCCCAGACCGCAAAUGGCAGUUCGCGGUAUACUCAGACGAGGUUACACCAGGUAACGCCUUGAAGCACAACAACGAACGUAAGCUCCAAGUGUGCUACUUCUCAGUGCUUGAGUUGGGCUCCUGGGCCCUUUCUCGAGAGGCAUUCUGGUUUUGCCUCUGCGCGGUGAAGUCGAGCACUGUUCAGAAGAUUGGCGGUAUGAGUUUGCUCAUGCCUCAUCUUCUGGACCUAUUUCGCAUGCCUUUUGACACCUCGAGUGGCAUUUACUUGCGGCGUGAAGAUUGGCGGGUCAUGUUCUUUGGACAAGUGGCGCUGCACAUUGGAGACGGAGACGAGGUGGCGUGCAAGUCUGUCCUGGGUGUCAAGGGAGCCGCCGGGACAGUGUUUUGCGCUUGCUGCCAGAAUGGUGUUGACUUCAAGAGUGCUUUGCAGGAUCACGAUGACCGGCUCAUACCGUCAACAUGCCUGGAGUUCUCGAGGUUCCGUCAGCACGCAACUGAGAGCGUCAGGGACGCACAUGAACUGUUGCGUGAACGCUGUGAGGUUGAGACGGCUGCAGGCUUCAAGCUUUUAGAGCAGAGCCUGGGUUUCAACUGGCAUGAACGAAGCCUGUUGAGCAUCCCGCGCCACCAGUACCUGCUGAGCGCUACGAUGUUCGACUGGUUCCAUAUUUAUUUUGUGCAUGGGGUUGCUUCCAUUCACGCUGGACUCACAAUAGCAGAGCUCCACAAGGGAGGUCACCAGGCUCAAGACAUAGCCUUGUUUGUUCAGGCCUUUGUGAUGCCGCGUCGACUUCAGGGAGCCAGGCCUAAGGCUUGCCUGGAGAAGCGGUCCAACAAGACAGAUCCUUUGAAAGGAAGCGCUUCAGAGACCAUCAACUUCCUGUUGAUCCUUCGGUGCUAUAUUCUACAUUUUGUUCUUGAUGACUGCAGCCCUGGACUCAGAAGGUGUUGCCAGUCCUUCCUGCGCCUGUGUAGCAUCACGGACACGCUCCUUCAGAGUUGGAAAAACCAGACACUGGGCUGCAACACGCCAUGUCACAUCACAUCAUGUCACUUAUCCUCAUGGACAUGUAUGUGA